AUGUCUUCUACAAUCACUGAUCCUGAAGAACAAUUCAAACUUAUUACUAAAAACUUACAAGAAGUUUUAAAUCCACAAAUCAUUAAAGAAAUUUUAGAAAAAAAUGAACGUCCAUUAAAAGUUUAUUGGGGUACUGCUCCAACUGGUAGACCUCAUUGUGGUUAUUUUGUUCCAAUGACUAAAUUAGCUGAUUUAUUAAAAGCUGGUUGUGAAGUUACCGUUUUAUUAGCUGAUUUACAUGCAUUUUUAGAUAAUAUGAAGGCUUCAUUAGAAGUUGUUAAUUAUAGAUCAAAAUAUUAUGAAAGAAUUGUAAAAGCAAUUUUAAGAUCAAUUAAUGUUCCAAUUGAUAAGUUAAAUUUCGUUGUUGGUUCAAGUUAUCAAUUAAAAGAACAAUAUACUUUAGAUAUCUUCCGCUUAUCAAACACUGUUUCUCAAAAUGAUGCUAAACGUGCAGGUGCUGAUGUUGUUAAACAAGUUGCAAACCCAUUAUUAAGUGGAUUAAUCUAUCCUUUAAUGCAAGCUUUAGAUGAAGAACAUUUAGGUUGUGAUGUUCAAUUUGGUGGUGUUGAUCAACGUAAAAUUUUCGUUUUGGCUGAAGAAAAUUUACAAUCUUUAGGUUACAAGAAAAGAGCUCAUUUAAUGAAUCCAAUGGUUCCAGGUUUAACUCAAGGUGGUAAAAUGUCUGCAUCUGAUCCAAAUUCUAAAAUUGAUAUUUUAGAAGAUCCAAAACAAGUUAAAAAGAAGAUUAAUACCGCGUUCUGUGCUCCUGGUGUUGUUGAAGGUAAUGGUUUAAUUUCAUUUAUUGAAUACGUUUUGGUACCAAUUUCUGAAUUGAAAAAUGGUGAAGGUAAAUUUGAAUUCCCAAUAGAUCGUCCAGAAAAAUUUGGUGGUCCAAUCACUUAUACUUCAUUAAAUGAUAUAAUUUCUGAUUAUAAAGAGGAAAAAUUAGCUCCUCCAGAUUUAAAAUCUGGUGUUGCUGAUGCAAUUAAUGUAUUAUUAGCUCCAAUUCGUGAAGAAUUUGCAAAUGAUAAAGAAUUCCAAGAAGUUGAAGCAAAAGGUUAUCCUGCUCCUGUUAAACAAGAAAAAAAGACUAAAAAACCAAAAGAUAAAGGUUCUCGUCAUCCAGGUGCUCAAAAAAAAAUUGAUGAAACUACUCAAAAAUUAGAUGAAACUAAAUUAGAAGAUAAAUAG